AUGUACGACGAUGCUGUAACAUUGCAGAUGCUACAAUUCUCGCUCCUCAUGUCCGGAUACCAGCUAGAUAUGGGCCGGCCCAACUCUGCGUAUCUACAUUUAGGCGUGGCAUGCCGAAAAGCGUUCGCACUGGGCCUGCACAAGGAAACAGCAUCGACAAUCGACAGCGAAGAAAUCCUGGAAGCGCAACGGGCUACAAUAUGGAGCUUGUACUGCCACGAAACGGUGACAUCUCUCGUUCUAGGCAGGAAAUCCGCCCUCAAGAUGAGUGACAUCUCUUGCCCCUUGCCUGAGGAACGACCGGAGCUGGUUAGCUUCUGCCGACUCUCCAUCAUCAUUGAAGAGGCUGUGGACAAGAUAUACAACCGCCGAUCCGAAUCCCUGCUCCAGCUCUAUGAGAAAGCUGAAGGCGUGCACGCUCAACUCCUUCACUAUGCAGGCAAGUUCGGCAUCGCGUCAUCAAGCACUGGUCACAACAUGAAGAAGCUUGAUGGGUACUAUCUUGCCGUCAUGCUUGUCUUUAGGCCAUUUCUGGUUGCCGACUUUGCGCUGCGUUCUAAUGGAAGCUUCAGGCACGAGGAGAGGAUGUGGCUGCGACAAGCCUGUAGGUAUGCUAUCGACGCGGCGCAGGACUCCAUCGCUUUCACCAACAGCAUGUUCCAGAAACCAGAUAUAGUGAGCACGGUACGUCAGAGCAUCUCUUUGGGGAUUUCCCCGGCCUGGUUUCCUAAUGUGCUGAUGGAUGUUGGAGUGCAGAAGGUGCGAAUCCAUGGCUUCUUCUUCGACGCAUGCUGUACUGUCCUUCUCUACGAUACUUUGUCCCACCCUUCGAAGUAUACAUUCAACCUGGAGUAUAUCCAAACCUCUCUUCGAUGCCUGAAUGCUAUGGUUCACGACGAGCCCAUGACGUCAGCAGCGAGUUCAAUCGAGAAGAUGUUGAAGGCAGUCGAGAUGUCCAUCGGGCAGCAGCACAACACCUACCAUUUCCCAUAUCUAGCGCAGGAUGCCCUCGCAACGCCAGCAUCCUCUUGCAGCCCGAGCGCUCAGCCCGAGGGACGUCCACUUCACCGUGUCGACACGCGCUGGCAUCCGAUGGGCAAAGAAGACAUGAUACUAUUUAGCGACCGUUCUUCAUCCCUUCACCAGCCCAGCAGCGACCAAGGUCUGAAGCUUCACGAGUUCCCCAUGACAGACUCUGGGGCUAUUGAGCACGAGGGAGCAGCACCGCCACUUGAUUUCUUCUCUAAUUUUAACCUAGAUGUCUUUGCAACCGAUUUGCUCAAUUUUUUCCCUGUCGGUAUCACAACACCAGAGGGCGGCGGCACGCCUAUGGCUAGAAGGGAGUGA